CCUAUAUCUUCAUCUUCCCUUUUUCACUUUGCACUUGCUUCCUUUGGCUUGUGUCUGUGUCACUGGAGUGCCAGGUCCAGUCUUCUCCAUGGAUUGGAUUGUUUGUACCGCAGCGUUACUGUCAGUAUUUGGUGCCGUCACCAGUUUCAACAUCGACCCUGUUGGUUGGGGCUUCCUGAGUCAUCCUGCGGCUGGCUUCGGGUAUCAAGUGGUGCAUAGAGGUUCAGACUUACUGAUAAGUGCACCACUCGAACAGUAUUCGCAAAAUAGACGAGGAAAAAUAUUCCACUGCAGCACAACCACUUGCAAUGAAAUCCCACUAUCUGUCCCGGAGUUUGCCGUCAACAUGUCCCUGGGUUUGACGAUGGUGGGUAAAACAGGAGCCACUCUGGCUUGUGGUCCCACUAUCCCGAAAGACUGCGGAAGCAUCACCAUGUACACCGGUGCCUGCCUUCAGAUUAGCUCACCAAAUCGCCCAGGACCUUUCGUUCCAUCUUCAAACGACGAGUGUCAGACGGGGGCUGACAUCGCGUUUCUGCUGGACGGUUCUGGGAGUGUGGGUGCACGGGAUUUCACUAAAAUGAAGGUCUUUGUGAAAGAUCUGGUGAAAUCUUUCCUUGGAUCAGAUACACAGUUUUCCAUCACAGAGUUCGCCACUGAUCCAAAAGUUUAUCAAUACUUCAACUCUUUUGAUAUCAGAAAGUGGGAGCGUCAGAUAAACGCUGUCCGUCAAAGUUCUGGCUGGACGUACACUGCCAAGGCGAUCAAACACAUAGUGAAUAAUGUUUUUUCACUGAGUCGAGGAUCCAGGCCGAAUGUGAAGAAGAUUUUAAUCGUAAUUACAGAUGGAGAAUCCACUGACCCAAAAGAGUUGCCAGGUGCAGCAGCGUCAGCUAAGGCUAAGGGCAUUGUUCCGUUUGCAAUUGGGGUUGGCUCAGCAUUCACAACCAGCGCUGCAUAUGCAGAACUGGUUACUAUUGCUUCAUCACCCAAAAACGUCUUCCAAGUGGAGAACUUCAGCGCCCUGGACAGAAUACGUGAGACUUUACAGGAGAAAAUAUUUUCCAUCGAAGGGUCACAAACAGGCGGGGCGUCGCUUAAAAUGGAGAUGGCGCAACAUGGCUUCAGCGCCGCCUACGUCACAGGAGGGAUGCUGAUGUCUGUUGUUGGUGCGAACCAGUGGAGGGGAGGGUUCCUGGGUUAUGCCUCCAGUGGCAUGAAAGGGACCUCCUACCUGCCCCAGAACAUGCUGGCUGACAGCUAUUUGGGUUACUCCAUGGCAGUUGCCCAGACCCCGUAUGGCCAAGUGACAGUUGUUGGAGCGCCCAGAUACGAUCACAGAGGAAUUGUAGUAGCUGUUCAAUACGGCAGUGAACAAAUUAUUGAUCCUUAUAAAUGGGAGUACAUGAUCGGGGGAUAUUUCGGGGCAGUGGUUUGUGCCAUGAUGGUGGAUGGUGAUUCCUUCACUGAUCUCAUCCUAAUAUCUGCCCCGAUGUUUAUGGAGAACGAUCGAGAGGGGAAGGUGUAUGUGUGCAGAAUGAACGUUCUGACUGUAGAGUGCGCCUUCGAUUCUCCACUGGUGCUGAGAGGAGUGGAGGGUCACAUCGGACGGUUUGGUGCUUCUCUGGCCGCCUUGCCUGACCUGAACGGAGACGGAUUCAAUGACUUGGCAGUUGGUGCUCCGUUAGAAAAUGACGGUCAAGGAAGCGUUUACAUUUUCCAGGGUGCAGGACAGGGAACAAUUGAUCCAUCCUUUUCACAGAGGAUACAAGCUUCGGAGGUGAACUCAGCACUCAGGUUCUUUGGCAUGUCAAUCGGCCAGUCCUCCAAUGACCUCAGCAUGGACGGACUUCCUGACCUGGCAGUGGGGUCGAAAGGAAAGGUGGUGAUUCUCAGGUCCAGGCCGAUCAUGAUGGUGGAAGCUUUGGUUUCCUUUGAACCUGACCAGAUCCCGACUCAGAACAUCGACUGCGCGGCACCACUGACCAAUGAGGCGACUGUCUGCUUCAUUAUGAGAACCCAACACACAACCUUUGCAACAGCUGCAGCAAUGAUCAAUUACACUUUGAAACUGGAUGCCACGCGCAGGGUCCCCAGCAACAGAGCCUACAUCAAAGACCAAAAUCGAGAACAUUCUGGAUCCAUCAGGCUUGACUUGAUGCAGCAGAAAUGUGAGAAAGUGAAGUUCUUUAUUGAGCCCUGCGCAGAAGAUUCGCUCAAUGCCAUCAACAACGAGCUUAAAUUCACCUUUGAUGGAUUUCCGUCCGCCCAGAAUCUGAAGCCAAGCCUUGCUCAGCAAGCUCAGACGACCACAUUUCAUCCACUGGGCUUUGAGAUUAACUGCGGCCAGGACAACAACUGCGUCGAUAAUCUGAUUGUGGAUUUCAACUUCACAAGCUCUUCAGCCGUCAAAGUGGGAAUCGACGAGCUGUUGGACGUCACUGUGUCUGUUGAGAACACAAGGGAAAACUCGUACAACGCCCUAGUCACUCUGACUUACCCCCAAGGCCUGUCUUACAGGAAGUUUACAAGUCGGAUGGGCAGAAUCCAAUGUAACUCGCUGGACGGUGAAGAUGGGAUAUCCAGAGGAAAGACCGAGUGCACUGUUGACAAGCCCAUUUUCAAGAGCAACACAAUGGCGAUAUUCAUCGUUUCCUAUGGGAUUGAACCCAACAGCCAUUUUGACAGAAGCAUUUUUAUCACAGCAAAUGCCACGAGUGGCAAUAAACAACACUCACCAACAAGUGAGCUUUUCCAGACAAACACUAUUGAUGUGAAGUAUGGCAUCUUCAUGACACUUCAAAGCUCACUCAGCUACACCAAUUUCAGCUUUGUCCAAAGGGAUUCGGAGAAACCCAUCAAACAAUCCAUUACGGUGAGCAAUGACAUCAGAGCCCUGAAUUUCACCGUGGCGAUCAGGGUGCCGGUGAAGCUUGGCGAAAAAGACAUCUGGGCCGAUUUGGAUAGUCUGCAGAUUCCUGGUUGCCAAACGCACGGUGAUGAAAGACCAACUGUGGCUGAAUUUGUUGUUGAGAUACAGAAAACUAAAGUUGUGGACUGUUCAGUAGCAACGUGCAGAGUGUUCAAGUGCGCACGGUUCAUGGGACGACUGGAGACCAGGCAGUACGAAAUCUCUGCCAACGUCAGCUCACGAUGGAUAGAGCAGAUUGAACUCAAUGCUGCCAAGUUUGUUUUGACCAGCACUGCCAGUCUGGAGUACGACACCGACCAGUACAUCUUCUUUUCCACCACUUCAAACGAUCAACCUCCAGUGCGCAAGAUUGAAGUAGAGGUGGAUGUGUACCCUGAGCCAGACUACACCAAAGAGAUAGUUGGAGGAUCUGUGGGGGGUUUGGCUUUACUGGCAUUACUCACAGCGGGUCUGUACAAGGCUGGAUUUUUCAAGAGCAAGUACCAGAACAUGAUGAAUGAAAAUGCAGAAACGGAGGAGCUUGCUGGGACAGUUGGUGAAACACCCGCCCCAGAGCCUGAAAUCAGCUGAUUUGCCUUGCUUGCUCUUUUUAUUUAUUAAAAUGCUCAUUGAUAUUAUUUUAUGAGUGUUUGAAGAUUAUUAUAGUAAUUAUGUUUCUUCUUUUAUUUGGUUACAAGCACAAAUGACCCACCAUGACUCUGUCCAUUUCGUCAUUAAUGCAUAAACUGUUGAUAUAUUUGCAGGUUUGCAACAUUAUUUUGAGUGAAUAAACAUA